AAAGCUGUGGAAGUUACGGCUAACUUGUGCCUUCUUGUCAGCGACUGCAGAGAGUAGGGAUGUGUUGGGAUCAGUGUCUCAUCUAAGCCACUCAGGUCCCUUUUCUCUUACCAAGAGCACAGAUCAGAUCAAAGCAAUUAGUAAAGAUUGCACAGUGCAGAUGCAGAACUUAGAGGAUCUGUGGUCUGUCAACCAAAGCAAUCAGAUAAAGAGCUACAGGGGAGUUCUCAAUUAGCAACACACAGAUAAAGCACACAGUGUACAGCACAGCCAGUAACCCACAGCUGGAAUUACCGCGGACAUCACACAAGGAGCCCAGUGCCUGAGCUGGCUGCACAUCUGGGCAUGAAAAACUGAGCACAGACAUGGAGAAGAUCAAAGUUCUGGAUCAGUUACUACCUGAGUUGAAUGUUCUGUUAAAGCUUCUGGAUCACGAGUUUCUGAGCUCAACUACAAGAGAGAAACAAAGCACGGUGUGCAGUAUAUUGCGCCAGCUGCAGCCCCCACCAGGCGAUGACUUGGACUUUCAAUAUAUGAACACUGCUACAUAUCACAAUGGCACCAGCUUUGUUGAAUCCCUUUUUGAGGAGUUUGACUGUGACCUGCAAGAGUUACGGGACAUGCAGGAUGAAUAUAGGGAAACUAGUGAGAGCCCAACAUGUGAAUUGCCACCUCCUCCAUCUGGCCCCCCACCUCCCCUACCAACGACUCCCCCACCAGAAGAUUACUAUGAGGAGGCUGUGCCUCUUGGACCAGGAAAGUUCACUGAAUACAUCACAUCUCGCAAUAGCUCAAGUCCUCCUAAUUCAAUAGAAGAUGGGUAUUAUGAAGAAGCAGAUAAUAAUUACCCACUGACUAGAAUAAAUGGAGAACAGAAAACCUCAUAUAAUGAGUCUGAUGGCCUGAGCAGUUCAUAUGAGUCCUACGAUGAAGAAGAUGAGGAAGGCAAAGCUCAGAGACUCAUGCACCAAUGGCCUUCCCAAGAGGCCUCCCUUCAUCUUGUUAAAGACAGUAGGAUUUGCGCCUUCCUUUUGCGCAAGAAACGUUUUGGACAGUGGGCCAAACAACUGACACUUAUCAGAGACAACAAACUUCUGUGUUACAAGAGUUCCAAGGACCAGCAGCCUCACUUAGAGAUUCCGUUGCCACUCUGCAGUGUUGCGUAUGUUCCCAAGGAUGGGCGGCGCAAGAAGCAUGAGCUGCGCUUUUGUCUUCCUAAUGCAGAGAUGUUGGUUCUAGCUGUUCAAAGUCAAGAGCAAGCUGAAGAGUGGCUUAGGGUUGUAAAAGAAGUUAGCAGCCCUAAUACUGUGAAUUUCCCUAACUCACCAGCGCUCCGACACAAGCUAGAUCUGGACAAGAGAUUAUCCCACGAUAAGACAUCUGAUUCUGACAGUGCAGCCAAUGGAGACAACAGCUCCCCUAGCAGUGGGAAAGAAAACAGGGAACAUGGUAAAUCUCGGAAGGGAGGUCUGGCUGACUUGAAAGGCUCCAUGAGCCGGGCAGCUGGGAAGAAGAUAACCAGAAUUAUUAGCUUUUCUAAGAAGAAGCAGUCAGUGGAGGAACAUCACACAUCAUCUACUGAUGAGGAUAUACCCUGCUGUGGUUACCUGAAAGUAUUAGUGAACCAGUGUUGGAAGGAACGAUGGUGUCGUCUAAAGGGUUACACCCUCUAUUUUCACAAGGACCAGAAUGACCUUCGCACACAUGUUAACGCUAUUGCACUGCGAGGAUGUGAGGUGUCACCAGGCUUUGGACCUCAGCAUCCUUUUGCCUUCCGUAUCUUACGCCAGGGCCAGGAGGUUUCUGCUUUAGAGGCCAGCUGCUCCGAAGAGAUGGGACGUUGGAUUGGGCUGCUUUUGGCUCAGACAGGCUCCAAAACAAAACCAGAAGCCUUGCACUAUGAUUAUGUGGAUGUAGAAACAAUAGCCAACAUUGUCACUGCCGUACGCCAUUCCUUCCUGUGGGCAACAUCUUCACACAGCAGCAGUAGUGAUUCACGGGUCUAUGAUGAUGUCGCAUAUGAGAAGGUUGAAGAUCCCAAAAGGACUCCUGGAGGUGCACAGGUAAAGCGGCAUGCCUCGUCUUGCAGUGAAAAAUCCCAUCGUGUGGACCCCCAGGUUAAAGUGAAAAGACAUGCAUCAAAUGCCAACCAGUACAAAUAUGGCAAGACGAGAGCAGAGGAAGAUGCUCGGAACUUUGUGAUGGAGAAAGAGCGUCUAGAGAAGGAAAAAGAAGUCAUCAGGAACAAGCUGAUAGCAUUGAGGAAACAGAGACGAGAGCUCAAAGAAGCUCUGAAGCACAGCACAGGGAAGCAGCAGCAGCAGCUGGAGGAGCGUCUCUCAGCGCUUGAAGAGCAGUGCAAAAAUAAUGAGAAAUCACGGGUAGAUUUGGAGCUACAGCUCUCAGAAGUGAAGGAGAAUCUGAAAAAGUCCCUUGCUGGAGGGCCGUCACUUGGGCUGUCAGUGACUGGCAAGGCUGACAAUACCCCCCCCAACAAUCACCCAGAAUCCAGUGCACCUGACCGACCCUUGCCUGUGAACAGUGCAGCAGAGCUGAGGCGCAGACCUCCAUCCAUUGUGGUUUCGGCAGGCAAAGGCAGAGUGUUGCAGAAAGCCAAGGAGUGGGAAAUGAAGAAACCCUAAACAAUGUAUUUGUGAUACACACUUUCUGCUGACCAGAAAGAGAUUUCUCUUGAGGAGAUUCUGCAGGGUCCAAAUUUCUCUCCGUCAUUAAGGGACUGACAUGGAGAUAGGACAUAGGGGCUAGGUUGAAGAACUAUAUCGUUUCAGACCUCUGUCACUACAGAUACAAUACAAGACAUUUUGUAAACUAGAGUGAAUCACUGGAUAAAGGGAACGUUUUGUAGUGACAUAAUUAAAAUAGAUGUUUAUGUGACAGGCAUUGAUCAUUUACAAUACAGGGGAAUUAUUGGUGAUAUUAAUGUGAAGACUUUUAUCUUAGAAAACUGGGCUAGCAAUGUUCCACUAAAACAAAAUGGAGAUAACUACAUAUACAAGACAAGUGCUUGGAGCUCUAUGAAGGAUGAAGCAUUUGAAGACAGUUAUGUUUCUCAGAAUGGGGACACUGUUUAUGUUAAAGAUUUAUUUGAAGAGGCACAUAACAAAACCAUCUCUUGCCUUGGCUGAAGGAGGAAAAUAAAGCCUUUCUACUUUACAACGCUAAUACUCAGUGUGUGUCUGGAUGACUAAUUUCUACCAUUUUUGCAUCUGAGAUUAAAUUCCUUAAAUUAUAUAAGGCUACCUAUUUAGGAUAAUACAGUAGGGGAUGAAACUGUGAGAUCAUUGCGACCCCAUAAAAAUUGCCACUAUUAUAAUUUUAGGCAUUAAAAAUGAUCUAUGAUAUCUCUAAAAUGCUAAUGAGUAAUGAUAGACAGAGAAGCCAAGAAAAGAGACAGCAAUGCAAUAGAAUGUGUAAUAUCAAUCCAUGUGUGGCAUUAGAGAGUAGUUACAAAAUAAAUUGGUAAAAAAAGAAAAAUGUUUUAUAUUGGCUUUAUGAACACUAAACUAGUGAAAUUAAAGUAAGUGUGUAAAAAUACAAAGGAGAAAUAAAGUAAAGUCUAGAAUGAUAAUUCAGGUUAGAGACAUAAGGAAAUAGUAGGUGUUUUUUUGUUUGUUAUUAUGAGCAGGAUACUAGACAAGCAGUAUGCAUCCUUGUUAUAUGAUAAAGUAUAAUUAUGGCUUAAAGCAGAGUUGUCCAACCAAAUACCCAGUGGCCAUAAAGCAGCACUGUAAUGACUCCUCAAAUUGUACACUAAUUGUGUAUGAAUUAUGGAAGGAUUUUGCAGCACUUUAACUAAGGCUACAUGGUUGUAUAAUAUGGAAACAGCUGACUAUGAUCUCACAUGACUCCUCUACCUCCACCCAUUUGCAACUCAGAGUGACUAAUAUAUGCAACCACCAGCUGAUGUUCUGGAACAGUAACAUAAUCUUUCCGGUCAUCUCUAGUAGAAUCCAAUGUAUAUAUUUUGGGGUUUUGUGUAUAUGUAGGUUUAUGGCAGUGGUUUAGCAUAAGCCAUGUAUAAUGUAUCUAUUGAAGUUUGUUUGUAACAAAGUACAUAUUUUUUUGCCUUGAUUAUAAUCAUUUCUACAAAUGACAGCAUUCUCUUCUCCUACAUCCCUUCUGUAUUCUUCUCACCCACUCCUUACAGAUCAGUCACACUGAAGUAAAUAUGGUUUCAAUUAUUAAACUGCUUAGUUUUGCAUUUUUAUGACAAUUUUAUGGAAAAAAAUUGUAUGCACUUUAGAAUUUUUUUUUUCUAUUAAAUAAAAAUGUUUAAAUUAAA